AGUUAGCUUAGCUUGUUAGCUGCUAACAAAGAGAGAUGAAAACACAUCGCUAAGCAGAGAUCAAGUGUGAGUGUAAAGUGUUGUGAUUGUGUGAAAAUGUGCGAAAGAACCAUAGCAGAGUACGAGGAGGAACUUUGUCCAACAAAAGAGGAGAAGGAGCGACAACAUGAAAAACAUCAAGUUGUGUUACACACAACAGACAUCCAUCAGCUGAUUGGACACCAAGAAGAAUGUCUCCCUCAUCUGCAGGGGGACAGUUUCACUUCGGAGGAUCCACAGCCCUCACACAUGAAAGAGGAAGAGGAGGGAGAGUGUCCUGUAGGGCAGGAGGAGGAUGAUGUCAGCAAGUUUCCACUGACUGUUGUCUCUGUGAAGACUGAAGAGCAUGAAGACAAAGCACCUGAGUCCUCACAGCUUCAUCACAGUCCAAACGUCCAGCAGCCCCCCAACAUUAAAGAGGAAGAGGAUAAUCCACAGCCCACCUACAUUAAAGAGGAAGAGCAUGAAGACAAAGCACCUGAGUCCUCACAGCUUCAUCACAACGUCUGUGAAGAACAAUUUCUGCCUGAAAAACAGGAGAGUAGCUUCAGGAUGUUGAAGGAGGAUCCACCAAAGAGGAAGACCAGGCACCACGGACCCUCUGGCGUCUCCUUUUCCUCUUUGACACAGACCCUGCCCUGUAAAAAGGAAGAGGAAGACUCACUGAUCCCCCACAUUAAAGAGGAAGAGGAGGAACACAGCAUCAGUCAGGAGGGAGAUCAUAUUGAAGGACUGGUGGACUUCCCAGUGACUGGUGUCCCUGUGAAGAGUGAAGAUGAUGAGGUCAAAGGUGAAAGUGAGGAGAAGAGAGAGGCGGAGCCUCCAAGCAGCAGCUCAACACAACACAUGACAACAGAAGCUGAUGGAGACCACUGUGGAGGAUCACAAGCAGACAAGAUCUUAGCUCCACUAUCAGAUAGUGAGGACACAACGUCACACUCUCCUGACACUGAUGAUGAACACUCUAAAGAUGAUGCAACAUGUCACACUGACAACACUCACUUCACUUGCUCUCACUGUGACAAAACUUUUAAAUACCAUAGUUCUCUGAAAAGACACAUGAGAACACACACUGGAGAAAAAACUUUUAUCUGUUCAAUCUGUAGUAAAGGUUUUGUAGAAAGUCACACAUUGAAAGUACACAUGAAAACACACACUAGUGAAAAAACUUUUUAUUGUUCAAUCUGUGGUAAAGGUUUUACACAAUGGCAAUCUUUCAAAAAACACUUGAGAACACACACUGGUGAAAAACCCCUUUCCUGUUCAACCUGUGGUAAAGGUUUUACACAAAGUCAACAUUUGAAAGGACACAUGAGAACACACACUGGUGAAAAACCCUUUUACUGUUCAACCUGUGGUAAAGGUUUUACACAAAGUCAAAAUUUGAAAACACACUUGAGAGUACACACUGGUGAAAAACCAUUUUCCUGUUCAAACUGUGGUAAAGGUUUUACACAAAGUCAAUAUUUGAAAGUACACAUGAGAACACACACUGGUGAAAAACCUUUUUCCUGUUCAACUUGUGGUAAAGAGUUUACACAAAGUCAGAGUGUGAAAAUGCACAUGAGAAAACACACUGGUGAAAAACCUUUUUCCUGUUCAACUUGUGGUAAAGGAUUUACACAAAGGCAAUCUUUGAAAAGACACAUGAGAAGACACCCAGGAGAGAAAGUGUUGAGUUGCAGUGUGUGUGGUGAAAGAUUGUCUUCUAAGUACCAGUGUAAGAAACACAAGUGUGCUGGUGAGAACAGCAGCAGCAAAUGAAACUGCAGGAUUUGAAAUAAACUGUCAAGACUUUAAUGUUGACUUUCUAACAACAUCAGCACAUAUAACAUGUGUGACAUUGUUGUUGUUUGUGUAACUAUCUUUUUAAUAUGCUCCUACAUUUAUAGAUUAGAUAGUUUGAAAUAUUGAAGUAUUCCAUAUUUGUAUUUCUACUUGUUAAUGAUCCCAUAGAUUAGCACCUUUAUAUGAUGUACAUAUGUACUGGUUCACAUGUGAAACAUCUUCUGGACCACUUCAGGAAGCAUAUUAUUAUUUACUUUAUACAUCAUUUGAACACUUGUCUUUUAUACCAUUUUAAAAUGUGUGACUUUAUGAAUUAUUUGUUGGGUCUCUAUAAUCCAUUUUAUUAAUGAUCUUUAUUACUCUCUUUUGUAAUAUGAUGAUUGUUUUAUAUGUAUGUCCCCAGACCUUUAUGCAAUAUAAAAGUGAGAGAAAAAGGCUGAAUUGU